GCUCACGAGGUCGCUACUCAGCAUAGGAUCGGACAGGAAUGCGCUGAUUUCUUUGCGAAAUGUAGGUUAUUAACACUGUUUAAAAGCCAUGAGGAGCAUACAUAGGGAAAAGAAAACUCUAUUGCAAUUAUUUGAAGAAAAUGCUUGCUCCGAAAGCGUUGAAUUUGGACAACGAUUCUGAACGAACAGAGGACGGGUCGAUUACAGAAGUUUCGGAAGAUGACAUUCCGCUCGCUGUACGUUUAAAUUUGCCAGGAAAUAGCGGUACAAAUACUACAGGAAAGCAGCGGGUACGGUCUUCUUUUCAAAAGAAGGGUGGAUUUGUCAUCCCACGAAAGAAAAAGCAAGCAAAUGAACUUCUUCAGCAUUCCAGUUUUGAUACUAGAGAGGGGAAGGAGUUACUUCGCAAUGUCGCGCAAUCAUAUCGAGAUCCUGUGGUUGGCGCUACCCUGAAAUUUGAAAAGCUAGAGCUUGUAUUUAAUGACCAGCUGUCCCGAGAGUACCAGGAUAAAAAACAGUCUAUGCGGAACGAAUGGCGAAAUUCUAAAGAACUUGAAGACAAACAUGCGUUCUUCUACACUGUUGAUCGUGAAGAGGCAAGAAAAAUAUGUGAAAAUGGAUUGGAGGUUGGUUCAACAUCAUUAUCAUGUUUGGGAGAUCCAUCGAUGGGUGUGUAUCUUGGCCGUCAUGCUGACGUCAUUUCCAGGAAACCUCUUAUUCAAGGUUCUCUGGGAUACCUUAUAGUUUUCAAAGUCAUCAAGGGCAAGGUAAAACAAGUUACAGAACGGAAUGCAGCAACUGCUGGUGACCUGCUUGAGCCAACACCAAACUUUGACUGCCAUGUUUCAAAAUCCCUUCAGAAUCUUCAAGCAAACAGCCCACUUAACCAAGUAUUUGAUUACUCACAGUAUUAUUUCUACGAGUUUGCUGAGGAAGGUGAUGACCUGCAUGUAAAAAGGCCGCGACAUUGUCUUCCUUAUGCUGUUAUCACUAUUUCGGUGGGUGAUUCAUUGGGUCCUCAUCAAGAAUCAUCCAUUGUGCAGGAGGAGUUUCCAGGUGUGGACAAUAGUGGGUUUUCACUGCCAGCCAAAGGUUUUGUAAGACGUGAAACAAGAAUUCCAGAAAAGAGAAGGGGAAGAAGUAGCCAUGUUGUUUGGACGGGGAAGAUCACAAACAAGGACAGAUUGUUGGCUGAUGCACAGCUUGUUUGCCAUUCUGUACAGAAAAUCAAGCUUCCCUUUGAAAUUGGUAAGAAGAUUGUUAUGAAGGAGAAAAUCUCCUUUCAGCAGCUGAGACCAUUCUUGACUUUCCCACUUUUUCGCUCUGGUCCACCCUCUGUGUCUAGAGUGUGCAAAGCAUCUUUAGCUGGUGGGACAAGCUUUUUGCAUUGUGAAUUAGUUCCAAUUGAAGAUGACCAUGGAAAAAUUAGAAAACUUGUUAAGUUUUUCCAGGAGAAAAAUUGGGCUGGAAUUGUCAAAAAUCCAGAUGCAAACAGAGUGAUAUUUCUUAUUCCAACCUCUCAAAUCACUUUGGACCUUGGCAUCACUACAGUAGAUUCACCAGCAACACUUCAUGCUCUCCUCUUUGUGAAGAAACAGAAAACUGGCAGAGAGAACGUCAUCAACACGGCGAAAAGUGGCUCAGUAACCGCAAAUGAUUUGGGAGUAAGUCAAAUUCAAAAGGAACUGAAAAGACAUCUGAGUACAAAGGUUGAUGACAAGGAGAAGCUCAAUGAACCGAGACGGCACAGUUUAGAUUCUGCGAGACCAUUAGCUGCCCCGGCAUCCAGUCACAUGGAAAGGCAGGAUGUUCCUGAUUUUGUGUCGUGUGAUAAGGGUUUGACAAACGAGCAAACGGUGACAUGGAAGCGUAGAGUGGAAAGUUGGCUUAGCAGGCCACACCCUUUAGGAGGCAUGGAUGGAGAUUUUCAGAAGUCGACAAUUCAAUCCUCUUCCGCUCCUACUUAUGUUCCUGGUCCCAGAGUAGUCCCAAAUUUGCCUUUUCAGGAUGUGCGUGCAAGAUCAAGUGGUAAUAACGAGGAACAGAGACUGUUGUCUGGGAAACAAGAUGUGAAUUUUAGAACUAGUGGAAAUAUGGAACAGCACAGAGUGUUUUCUGGACAACAAGACAUCCCAAUUGGAACACCCAACACAGAGAAACAGAAAGUAGCCCUUGGAAAGCAAGAUGAACUUGAAAGACAUGAAGGAAAUGUAGAGAAAAAUCAAGGUUUUCUCGGAGAGCAUGCUGAUGUCUCAUUGCAACAGUUCAAACUGGAUGACGUGGCUAAGAAAGACACAGUGUUACCUUCGCCAGCUCUUGUUGUGAGGAAAGAAAAACACAGGGAAGAUCCGAGAUUGAGGCGCUCUGUUGACGGUGAGCCAGCCACGUCAUCUAGCAGAAGUGGCCAUGGUGUGCCUUUUAAUGCGCAAGCGUCGCUGCAAGCUCGGGGAGUGAAACCGAAUUCUGCUCCAGUUGCAUAUACAUCACCAAUAACAGCUGCUAAUCAACAGAACAAGUAUCAAAUCAAUAGUGAAUUUCUGAACGAGUUGUUGGUUAAGAUAAAAUUUCCAAUGUCUGAGCAAUCGAAUACGAAUUAUCAAUCGAACAGUGAGGUUUUAAGAAAUUUUGUGGAAAAGGUGAAACAACAGAAACCUGAAGAAUCAAGCCCAAACAGCGGAUUUCUAAGAGAGCUGUUAAACAAGUUGAAAUCACAGAAGCCUGAAGAAUCAAUGUCCACCAUGAUUGAUGGUAUAAGAAAAACCUUGGACAUGAUGAAGAAUCAAUUAGAGUCGCAGAGUGUGAAACGUCAGGCACAAGACGCUGCAAAGGGAGCAAAAACUGCUGGUACGUUGAUGUCUUCAACGAUUGAUGAGAAGUCUAUGAAGAGAAGCCGUAGUGGUGUGGGUUCAACAGAGAUGAAAGGGGAAAGAUCUCAAACAUAUCAAGGUAAUGCAUCAGUAUUGUCCACACUAUCAUCUGGAGAGCGAAACUUCAAAAGUAUCGAGAAGAGAAGAGAGGAAAAACAGACACCUGUUGUAAGGUCUGAAAAGAAAGCUUUGGGAGAUUCUCCAACGAAGGGGUCAAAACAGCACAAAAGUACUCCUAAAGGUCCGGCAACACCAGCCAAUAGUAAGCCGAUCAAGGAGACUGCUGUACCAGAAUUGUCUGAGGCCCCACCUCCGGCAAUUCCAUCUUGUGAUGUCCUGACAAGACCACAAUCAAAUUCUGAUGCGCCACCCAAAAAACCCAAGUUGACACUGAUUCUUAAGAAGAGAGACUCCAGAGAGGUUUUUGCACAAUCAUCUGGUGAUGAACAUAAUCAAACACCAGAGCCUAAGGUAACAAAACGGUCUGAGGAAACAGAGCACGAGGAAAAAGCUGAUAUCCAAGGGGACAGAAAGUCACCUGUAUCCAUGGAUUUGAGUCCCCAAUGCACCACACCAACAGGAUCAGUUAGUCCUAUAACUGUGGUUUCCUCCAAAGGACGUUACCACUCUGUAGGAACUCCAGCAAGUACUCCUUCAACAGUUCCGAUUGCCAUAGCGUCAUCGAGUUUUCCAUUCAAUCCUCCCCUUCCUCAAGGGCCCUACAGGAGUACAUUGAGCAUGGGACCAUGCACAAGCCAGCCAAAUCCACCACCAGUUCAUUCUGCACCAUUUUCAUCCCCUUUCCUACCUCAGUCAAUUAUUGGCACAAGUCCUCAACCAGCACUUCAGACUCCAUCAGUCUCAUCUGCGCCUCCUGGUGGAACCCUACCCUUUGGUUCUCCCCCUCCACCACCAGGCACAACGUUUGUGCCAUACUCUCCCAUCUCACCAACACCUAUUUCUUCUUUACCCACUUCCCUACCACCUCGGCCUGCACCUAGCAGCUCAUCGUUUCCACCUCUACCUUCGCAUCCAACCAUUCAGCACCAUGAACAGCAGUGGACACCUCCUCUUCAACCCAAUCAGAGGUUUGCCUUCCCUGCGAAUAUGCCACCUCCACCAGGCAUUGCACCAAUUUCUCCAUCUGAGGUGCCACGGUGGCCUGCAAACACUCCUCAUCCGAGGCUUGUUCUUCCACCACCAUGUCUUCCACCAACAGCUGGUAGACCUCAUCAUGUUUUCCCACCAAGUGUGCCAUUUCCGAGACCAGUGCCAGAGAUGCCUCCUGUGCCACCUCAAAGAUUUUCACAAAUACCAGUUCAGAGGUUCAGUGUUCCUCCUCUACCUCCCACUGGGCCAGGACACCCUCAUCGAGGUGGUCUUCCUGGAGCCCUACAAAAGAUGCCUGUGCAUCCCAUGUAUAGUGCAGGGCCUUCAGUGCCUCAGUUUCCACCACGACAACCAGGUCCUAUUGGAUUCUGGGUUGCUCCGAUUAAAACUGGUUCUGCCCCCAGCGGAGGCGCUAAAGGCUAUGCGAACGUAAUGUUUCCACAAUCUAUAGAGCAAAGAUAUUCAAAGGAGUUGGCAACCACAAUUACUAGAAAGGAUGAAGACCCUAAAAAAGACGAGACAAGGCAAGGAAACAACAAGCAUCUCGGUUUUGCAAAGUGGCAGAAAGGUGCUGAAGAGGGCCAAAAUGAAAACGAUUCAGAUGAUGUCAGAACGAUGAACAAAGCACAGCACUCUAGCACUCAAAUAGGAGACCAAACUGAUGCUGCAACAAGCAACUCAGAGAUGACAGUUUUCGACUCUUCAAAAGAGGACAGAGAGAUAACAGGUAGCGAAAAAGACAAGAAAGAAAUGCCUAUGAAGGAGAACGUGACUGAAACCAGGCCAACCGAGGAGUCUAUGGAAAGAGUGGACCAGAGUAGAGGAGAGACAGAAAAGGAAGGCACCGAGGCUGUAGAAACACUAGAGAAACCUACAGAAUCAGCAAUCAAAUUGUUAUUAAUAAAUGAAGCAGGAACGCAAGGCUUAUCAUCAGGGUUGGACCAAAUGGAUGUGACAGAGCCAAAUGAAUCACCCACGAAACUUUCGCAAACUCACGAGUCUAUUUACAAUGAAAAAAAUCAAAUUGUGGUUGAACCAGCAAGAGAAGGAUGCAGUAAUGUUUCAGGAAACCUUGACGAUGUAGGUUUGAUAGAAGAUGACAAUGUGGACGACGUACCAAAGGAAAGAAGCACUGAAGCUAAGGACCCUCCUCUGGCUGAUGCCUCUGCGUGUCAAAUCUCAAUCUCUCAACUUUCAACAGAACCUUCAGGUGUUUUAAGUAAUAGGCACAGCGACAUAGCAAUCUCAGGAAGUAGUACAGACGUUUUGGGCAGUAAACCAUCCAAUGGUUUAACCACCACAACAUAUCACACUGCUGCAGAAUACAAGGAAUCCAAAACCCAUGUAACAGAACCUCCUGGAAGUAUUGAUGAACACAGUGAUGUGUCCAUCUCUGGAAACAGUUCUGACCUUUUUGACAUCAACCAUCCUUUGUGUUUGCCCACCACACCCUAUCGAACUGAAGCAGAACGAAAGGGAUCUAAAGCAGUCAGUAAGAUCUUUGACAUUCUUCGAAGGAAUGCUCAUGAGUCCAGAUCUGGUGCAGAAAAGGCGAUAGAGGAAGAGAUGGAAGGAGAUGUGGAGGAGGAAGGGGAAGAAGAUGUGGAGGAGGAGGUGGAAGGAGAGGUGGAGGAGGAAGUGGAAGGAGAGGUGGAGGAGGAAGUGGAAGGAGAUGUGGAGGAGGAAGUGGAAGGAGAGGUGGAGGAGGAAUUGGAUGGAGAUGUGGAGGAGGAAGUGGAAGGAGAGGUGGAGGAGGAAUUGGAUGGAGAUGUGGAGGAGGAAGUGGAAGGAGAUGUGGAGGAGGAAGUGGAAGGAGAUGUGGAGGAGGAAGUGGAAGGAGAGGUGGAGGAGGAAGGGGAGUUGGAAGAUGAGGUGGAAGGGUUUGAGCAGGAGAUGGAGGAGGAGGCAGAAGGGGUGGAGGAGGAGGUAGAGAGGUUGGAGGAGGAGGUGGAAGGGAAGCAAGGGGAAGUGCAACAGGAAGCUGAAGAGGAGCUAGAGGAUGUCGACAUCUUUAGCAACCCUGAUAAUCCAGAUCCUAGUGCCAUGGUUGAUGAAUCGUAUGUUCACGAAGAGGGUUUCGCAGAAGAGAGUAAACUGAUAUUUGGUGGAGAGGAGAGCUCCCCCAGGAAAAGAGCCAUCCAUUUGGAGAGUGGCUUACGUGUUGUUCAGCUCCUUGACUUAGGAUCUUUUGAGACAAGCACUGAGGAAAGAGGCCCUGAAGAGUCUUCAACCCUUAAUGCUAGCGAGACUAGAGCACAUGGUGUCAGUAGCUUGCCGUCGCACCAAACAGCACAGGAAACGUUGCCUAAAGGGGAGAGUGAAUACGACGAUGUCAGUGAUAUAUCUGAUGAAGGAACCCCAGAAAGGGACCUUCCCGAGUAUGGAUCUUUCGAUAUUGAAUUAAAACAGCGAUGGUCAUCGAAAGUAACUCGCAAUACUGACAAUCAAGCAUCAACCAGUGUGCCAACCCAAACGCCUGAAGAGCUGAUAACACCUAAACUAGAAGUGGUCCGAAAUGAAGCAGAUAGUUCCAGCGCCCUCAUUGAACGACCCAAAGCGCGGAAAAGGUACGUGACGGUUCCAGCACAAAAAAGAAAGCUAUGGAAAAGUUCAAGCGAAGAUUAUGACUCCUCUGAGUUGUCCUCUCCGACAAAGAGAAGCAAGAAGAGCGUACACGAAAGGAGAGGCCGCAUGGCAUCCCCCGGCUCCCAUAGGGAUGGUUCUCACAGAGAUGGGCAGUUAAACGAAGAGUCAUGCAGGCAACCAAAGGAGCGCGUAUCCAACUUGUCGAGGCGCGAACUGCCUCCACGAAUUGUGAGCGAUUUGAAGGGUGGAUUGAAGAUCACCAUUUUACAAGAUCCUUUAAAGAUGGAAAAGAAAGAAGAAGAAGUGGAAGAGGAAGAGGCAGAUCUGCUUGAAACAGAAGAAGCAGAAAAAAAACGACCACUAACUGACAUGGAGUACAGUGACCUUGAAGACAUAAGUCCAGGUGAGCUCAGUUCUGAUUUUGAGAGCUGGCCAACCACUCCAGACACACCUGAAACGGCCACUCCAGCCAUGGACUUUACUCACCCGAGUCUGGGAUUCUGGGCUGCACCACUGAAAUCAAAUGAAGUUUCCAAACCAGCUGGAGCUGUCGUUAGCGAUGAACAUCAGCAGGUGUCCGAUUUACAGAUGUUGUCGCCAACUUUAUCUCCACCGGCAUACCUUGAAGAGCACCCUCUUGUAGGGGUGGAACAAAGCCAAGUACCGUAUGCUUUUGGAGAGGAAAAGAUUCAGGAUGUCGUUCAAGAACCUUGUAUAUCACGAUCAUCUUGGCCAGUUGAGGGUUUCUUCUGCCAAACGACGACCUCUGAGGAACGUGACUUGGGAUUGGGAAGUCUGGGUCCGACAGAGCUGGUGGUGCCCAGAGUUCACAAAGAAUCUUUGUCGUUGGAUGACAGCACUGGUCAUUAUAUCUCACAGUCUGCACACGAAAGUGAUGAGGACAUUGCAAGGUAUGGUCAAGAGCUUCCUCAGUCUGAAGUGUUUGAAUAUGGCCAUGGACUCCCUGAUCAUCAACACCAACAUUACAAGUCACACAGGGAUAGCGCCCAAAAACCACCUAGAGGAACACAGAAGGAAGGAAAGCAUCGCACAACAAUUCGCGAGAAAAGAUAUCCGUGGAAGAGCCGUGAAGAGGUCAAACACAGCCAGGGAACGUCACACAGCCAGGGAACUUCAGUUGGGGGAGAAGAUUCCAAGUUAGUAAGUCAAAGCGCCACUGGAAAAAAUACUGGUUGUGAUGAAGACAGCCCUGACAAGAGACCUAAGGUGGUUCAAGAUGCAGAAACUGCUAAUCACGGUAAAUCUGGCGGGAUUGAAAAGCCAGAAAAAUGGGACAUAUAUGUUUUUGCGUGGAUGAAUAAAGUGCAGCUUGAAAACUGGGUACGAAGGCAGAACCACGGGGCUAAACUGGCCACCAUUGGAACGGACCAAACUUGCACUGUUGAAAUUACCCCAGAAUCUAAACGCAGAUCUUCAGAACGUUUAUAUCGUCGAGCCAAGAAGCGAUUGAGGCGAUUAUGUCAAAGCUCAAGGCCGUGUACAGAGGACGCAGAUACUCCAGAACCUGCAUUUGAUGACGUUAACGCGGAGACGCAGUGUGAAAGUUUUACUCCUUUUCAUAAAGAAGCAAGUUCCAGUUCUGUUUCUGUUUCAAAGGAAGAUGGGAAUGUUGAGAGAUGUUCUGUACAAAGCGCGCAUGUUAAUCACUCGGUAUCACCUUGCACUCCGGUUGAAAAUUUUGCACAAAAGCACAUUGAUGUUAAUGUUGAAUGCGAUUAUUCUGUUCAUCCCAAGACGGAUGAUCUGUUGUGUGAUAAAGAAGUUUCAAUUAUUUUCGAAAAAGGUUUGGUUACAGAGGUGGAAGGAGUUACUGGAAACAACGAUGAUCCAAAUCAUCCAGAGACCAGCUGUUCACAUGUUCACCUGGGUAAAGAUUCGUCUGAAGAAGAGGAAGAACACGACGAUGUGUCGUUGGGGGAUCAGGGAAACGAGUGUGGGAGAGAUGGCGUACAAAGAGGGCCAGUAGCUGGCGCAGAGAGUGAUAGCAUUCAUAAAGAGGAUGCAGUAAUUAAGAGUUUUCCAACCAAAGUGUUCGAUUCUAGUGAGGAUAAAGAGCAUCAACCGCUCGACAUAGAUAUGCAUGAUAUUGCAGAUGAUGUAGUGUUACACCAUGCUGUUUCUGAGGGGAAUCGUGAAGCAAAAGACAGACAGGCAAACCUGUGUGUAACUGCUGAUAUGAAGAAUGUGAACGAGUUAAAGUCGAUCGGAGAUUUUUCUUUGGAUUUGAAUUCACAACAUGAAAAAGACACAAGCGAUACGCCGCAGAACGUCAAGGAGGUUACUGAAGAUGUCGAGGUGAAUCAAAGUACAGCCGACGAAGCUAUGGUUGUGAGGAGUGGAUCUGUAAUCUUCGAAGACCAAAAACCAAGUUUAGCAGGACAGAGUACCCCAGAUGUUGAAAAUAACUCUCGUGAGGAAGGUAGUCUUGGUCAUGAAACUCCAAAGUGUCCUGAUGAAGGCGAAACAGGAGAAGAAAAGAUGCUCGCAGAGCCUGACUUAGGUCCUGAUGGAUGUGGAGGAAGAGGAGAAGGAGAAGGAGAAGGAGAAAAACGGGCAGGUAUUAAGAUUUCCGAUCCUAAAACUAGGAAGGAGAAUCACAUGAAUGAAGCUCCUGUUGAAACCUUGGCAGCAGAAGAGAAGACAGAUGGCUCAGGUCACGAGAGGACAGCCUCCACUGUUGCCAAUGCAUUGCCAAUUGAGGCUUCAAUCGGUAUAAGUUCAGAUCAGCUCAACAAAGCCCACAAAACCCCUUCAACGACUGCUGGUGCUGCUGCUGCUGGUGUGUUGACGUCUUGUGAUCCUGGUGUGCUAAAACUAGUUCCAGGUACAGUGCCCUCAGCUCUGGAACCUCUUCCCCAAACCCACAUUCCACACUUUCCUCCACCUCCUCUUCCUCUUCGUCCUUCGCUCCCGAGGAAUGUUGCAUGUAGCUCUGUUAAUAGUUGUCCUCCUGGUUCAGAACUUCUGUCUCCGACAGAGGCAAGUGGCAAUUCUACAAUAUUUCCAUCGGAUUCAGUGGCGCAAGAAGUCGCCAAUAAAGAUGAAGAUGAUGAAGAUAGGCGACCACCCAAGAGUGUAAUGGAUCAUUCGGUGGUUUCGGCUUUGAUGCAGUUUUACACCGAAAGCAAUAACGUAAACGGCAACAGAAACUGUGAUCUGAAAGAGAAGGAAAAUAAUGCUAAAACAAACUCUGGUGUCUGCAUUUCGACACGUAUGGAAUCAGUGCAAAAGAGCGGCAGAAAACAUGAAGAAACAAGUGAUAUGGAAAUAGACUCUGAUAACGAAAGAUCCGAAAGCUCUGACGGAUAUUCAAUUCAAAUCGAUAACACAAACGGAAGCAGAAACAGUGAUUUGAAAGAGAAGGAAGAUGAUGCUGAAACAAACUCUUGUGUCUGCAUUUCGACAAGUAUGGAAUCAGCACAAAAGGGCGGCAGAAAACAUCAAGAAACAAGUGAUAUGGAAAUAGACUCUGAUCAAGAAAAAUCCGAAAGCUCUGACGGAUAUUCAAUUCAAAUCAAUAACACAAACGGCAACAGAAACAGUGAUCUGAAAGAGAAGGAAGAUUAUGCCAAAACGAACUCUGGUGUCUGCAUUUCGACUCGUAUGGAAUCAGUGCAAAAGAGCGGCAGAAAACAUGAAGAAACAAGUGAUAUGGAAAUAGACUCUGACCAGGAAAGAAAUGCCACCAUUAUGGUUAUUGAGAGAUCUGAAAGCUCUAACGGAUAUUCAAUUCAAGAUAAGCCGGCCAAGUUGGAUUCUGCUGACACUGUAAACCAACAAAGCUUAGCAGCUGGUGUUCAAUUGCAUGCUGAAGACGAUAAGGUAUCGGUGGGGAAAUCUUUAGAUGUAUCAGCAGCGAAGAAUCCUGAUGUUGAUGCAAACCUACUCGAGGAUCAGGAACUCUUGAACAAUGACGCCCUCAAGGAGAUUCCAGGUUGUUCUGGUAACGAACGACAAGAAACGCUUUCAUGCGUCUCUCGAAAUGAUCUAGGAGUAGGAAAAAUUGAUAUGGAAGUGGAUGUGGAGUCAUUGCUGAAGUGUUCAUCAGUCACUUCCAACAAAUCAAGUGGAGAUAGUCCUGACGUUAUCCCCAAUAACACUAUGGUGAUGGGAGAUAAUUUGGUGGAAAAUCCUAAAGGUACAUCAGGGAGAUCGCAAGCAGAAAAUCUUGAUUUUGCGAAGGAUGAAGUGCGUGUACAGGAAGGCAUAAUUGGUAUUAAAGGAAAAACGAGGAAGAAUGUUACAGAUGAAAAUUAUCAGGAGAAUCCCAUUGUCUCUGUUUACAAACCACGAGCAGAAGAACCAGCAAACUUGGAGGAAGACUUAUCUGAAGAGCAACUAUUGAGCCCCAUUGAUCCGCUCUUCAUGGCGAGUGCUGAGCAGACCAUUUUCAGCUCAAUAGGUGGCUUAAGAAACCUGUUAGGGCAAUCGUCAACGUUUGAUCGCAUCGCAGAGGAAACCAUUGCCUCAACUGUGUCUUCGUUGGAGGAUAUUCUUCGUCAAGCAAAUUGCAGCUACUUGGAGCUGAGCAGCUGCCCCUCUGACAGCGGUGUGUCUGUGGGGGAGGAAGCUUCGGGUCCUUCCAGAGUAUUCAACUUUAACAAUAUUACGCAUUUAGCGAACCCUCCACAGGAAAAGGAUUGCAGAACGGGGUCGUUGGAUGGGCAGUCUCCAAGUGGAGUAGGGCAGCCAGAGUGGCUGUCUACAAAUGAAAAGAGUGAUGCACGUUGUUACCUCGGUAGAGUAUCAGGGAAGCCUUCUAUUCAGAAGAGAAGUCAAAAGCCAGGUGUUAACAGGAAGUUCCAGUUCUUUGUGUAUUCACCAGACGUUGACAGGGAGUGUGAAGCGUUGAAGAACUACAUGUUGAGAGCAGGUGGAACACUUGUGGAUGUCAGGAACUCCAAAUAUUUGGAGGAAAAUACACGAGAGCUGAAAGUGUUCAUCAGAAAAAAACACUUGCCAUCUGUUCACAGGUUGGCCAACUUGUACCGACUUAAGAUGUCACCACUUGUCAAGUUCUCCCUAUUUAACACUCUAACAGACGUGACAGAAGGAAGCCGUUUUUACGAGAACAUCUUUGUUUCGGGUGGUGCCUUGCUGGCCGAUGACAACUUUCUGAAGACAAUUCAACUUGAUCACCUUGACGCUCUGUUACGCUACCUAAAGGAACAAAGCCUAGUUCAUCAGAAGUUCGUCUGGGUCUUGAACAUCAGCCGAAAUGGCUACAAGAAACUUUCUCUGAACAGGCCACUGACGAGAAGAGACUCCAGAGUUCUGAAUCUUCUACGCGAUUACAAGAACGAAGGUUUUGUUACAGUUCUUCAAAAGGGUUACGUAACAGAAGGCAUUCCGUCUUCCCAGCGCUAUUUACAGACCUCGCUCAAGCUACAAAUUGAACUUGUGUCUGUCUACAGACACGUGAUUCUGUUGUCAGAUAUGGACAAGAACAGAAUGGAAGUACCGUGGUUCUUUGAGCGAGGGAUUGGGGUUAUGAAUGUUAAAGAGUUUUUGACGUCAUUUGCGGGGGAAAGGGAAGCAACAAACCUGAUCCUAAAACAGCCGAAUCCUGAAAGUAUGUGUAAGGAAACUACGGCAGUGGCAUAUUGUUCCACUCCCGAAGAUGAAACGUCUCUCCAAACACCGCUGGGAACUCCAAUGUCAGACUCCUCAACUGAUUUUCCAUAUAUGGAGACACAGGCUCGUGAACCACCGCGCUCGACUGGCACCCCCCGAAAGCGAGCCGUACGCUCGCGGAGCUGGGAUGCAGGUUCCAUGACCCACACUCGGCUCCAGAUUCUCUCAUGCGUGAGAACUGUGCGUGACAGUAUUCGUAGUCAGAUUAGUAAUAGUACUCCUUCAAGUCCUGUAGGUCGGUCCAUGUGACGACACGUGUAGACACCUUGUGUAAGAGGUGGGAAGGAAGGGUGGGGCUUCUUUUUCCUUUGCGUUCCAAGUCGAUUUGCUUCUGUGACAUCCUCCUCUUCGGAAGUUGUCCUUUCCAUUUUCGUACUAAAUUUUGUUUUAGAUUGUUGCGUUCUACAACGUUUUUCAGGCGCCAUAGUAGAUUUAGAACUAAAUGUUUAACCUUGGUUCCGCAGUGACUAUGAGAAACUUCAUUUUUUAAUUUUUAUUUAAGGGAGGGGGGGGGGGGGUUGAAACAAUUAAUGUUAUUUUAAUAUAUACUUCUGUGUACAGAUUUUUGUACUCUCUCAGAGGAAAAGUUUAUAAUUUGUUUUGCAAUGAAAUGUGGAAAUGUUUGUAAACCUUCCGAGAAAUCUUGCAAAGAUUCGGAAGCACUCGAGCGAAAUUAAUCGAAAUAGCAUUUAAACCUAUCUAAACUCGAUUACUUUGGCUUGAUUUCCACAUUUUAAGUAAAUUUUCGCUUGCUUCACUUUUUAGAUAUAUGAAAAUUCACAUAUUUGCACUGCGGUAGAAAGAUGAAAUUAGGAGAUCCUCGCAGCUAAGAACA